AUGGGUGUCCCCAAGUUUAUAGCACAGCUUAAUGUGUUUGACUCGGAUAACUACCUUUUCAAAGCGGAUGACGGCACCGCAGCAGCGGCGGCAGAGUCUGAUUCGGAAUCGCCGUCCUCAACUGCUUACGCAGUCACAAAACUGGACGAAAGCAAGAAGAACCUCGGGUUGAUAUCCUGCAUUGGGCUUAUUGUGAACAGAAUGCUGGGUGCCGGGAUCUUUGCCGUGUCCUCCACCAUCUUCAACCUCUGCGGGUCCGUGGGGCUGUCCCUCAUCAUCUGGACCGUUGGAGCUAUAAUCUCUCUCGCUGGCCUGUACGUGUACAUGGAGUUUGGGACUGCCAUUCCAAGAAACGGUGGUGAGAAGAACUACCUGGAAUUCAUAUUCAAGAAGCCCAAGUUCUUCGUCACGUCCAUGUAUGCCUCUUACGUUUUCUUCCUUGGUUGGGCUGCUGGUAAUUCCGUCAAUACGGCGGUUAUGUUCAUCACGGCAGCGGAUAAAGAGGUCACCGAAUGGAACCAAAGAGGAAUCGGGGUCGCGGUCAUCGCGUUUGCCUUCCUCGUCAACUCGAUUAACGUGAAGGUCGGACUGUACAUUCAGAACAUGCUUGGGAUAUUCAAACUAGGUAUUGUCAUAUUCAUCUCAAUCACUGGGUGGGUAGCACUAGGCGGAGGGUUGAAGAACAACUACCAAUCGCACAACUUCCACAAUGCCUUUGAGGGUACGGGCAACGCUACCGCAUACGGUGUUGUGAACGCUCUGUACAACGUCAUCUGGUCAUUCAUCGGCUAUUCGAAUAUCAAUUACGCACUAGGGGAGGUGAAGAACCCGGUACGGAGUCUGCGGAUCGCGGGACCAACCUCGCUAAUAUUCUUGGCCAUCAUCUACAUCUUUGUGAACAUUGCCUACUUUGCCGUUGUCCCCAAGGAGACACUGCGCACGUCCAAACUGAUCCUAGUGGCCGAUUUCUUCGAUAUCGUGUUUGGUCACCGGGCCAAGAGAGCUGCCUCUGCCAUUGUCGGGCUCAGUGCACUUGGGAACGUUCUCUCCGUGAUUUUUGCUCAGGGCAGAAUCAUUCAGCAAUUGGGCCGUGAGGGCGUGCUCCCCUUCUCAUCUUUCUUCGCCAGUUCGAAGCCGUUCAGCUCACCCAUGGCUGGACUGUUCCAACAUUUCCUCGUGUGUCUGGUGACCAUCCUGGCGCCACCACCUGGCGACGCGUACAAUUUCAUUAUGAACCUCGUGUCGUACCCAAUGAACAUCAUCAACUUCGCUAUCAGCGUCGGACUGCUAUGGAUUUACUGGCAAAGAAGACAGGGGAAACUGGAAUGGAAUCCACCGAUAAAGGCUGGUGUUGUCGCGAUCACAUUCUUCGCACUCGCAAACCUGUACCUGAUCGUCGCACCUUACAUUCCACCAAGACACGGCGAGUCCGUGUACAAGAGUAUGCCAUACUGGACCCACUGUGUCGUGACAUGGGGGGUAUUCGGCGUGGGUGCCGUCUACUACCUGAUCUGGAACCAGAUCUUGCCCAAACGGGGCGGCUACACGCUGGAAAACAAAGAGGUGCUGGGCGAGGACGGUUUCUGGCGUACCAAGAUUACAAGGGUGUAUUCGGACAGCUCUAAACUGGAACAGAGCUUCACAGACGCAGACGUGGAGGAAGACUCGGACACCAUAGAAACGAAGAACCACAUCGGAAUACAAACAAUCUACAAAGCAGCAUCAAACUGA